AGCCGGCGGAAAUGGGGCUCGUGUCCCGAGGCACCGCCACAGCGGGGCUGGCACUGCGGCUGCUGUCGUCCGCUCUGGCCCGCCCAACGCCAUCCCCAACCUCAUCCCGCACCCAUCGCCCGAGGGCACGGCUCUCGGGAGCAGCCGUGUCCCCAGCAUGGUGCUGAAGGCUUUCUUUCCCACGUGCUGUGCCUCAGCAGACAGCGGCCUACUGGUUGGACGCUGGGUCCCCGAGCAGAACAGUGCUGUGGUCCUGGCCGUGGUGCACUUUCCCUUCAUCCCCAUCCAGGUCAAGGAGCUCUUGGCCCAGGUGCAGCAGGCCAGCGGAGUAGGCGUGGCUGUACUGGGCACCUGGUGCCACCGUCGGCAGGAGCCCGAGGAGAGCCUGGGCCAUUUCUUGGAGGGCCUGGGCGCCAUCUUCUCCCACGAGCCCUGGCUCCAGCUGUGCCGGGAGCGGGGCAGCAAGUUCUGGAGCUGCAAGGCCACCCACCGGCAGGUGCCUACCUCCCCUAGUGCCCCCGGCGAAGACCAAGUCAUGCUCAUCUUCUAUGAUCAGCGCAAGGUGCUGCUGUCCCAGCUGCACCCGCCCACAGCCCUGCCUGACCACCAGGCUGGGGAUGCCACGGCCAGCACUAGGGGCCUGGCUGCCGUCUUCGACACAGUGGCACGAAGCGAGGCACUCUUCCGAAGUGACCGGUUUGAUGAGGGCCUCGUGCGGCUGAGCCACUGGCAGUCAGAGGGAGUGGAGGCCAGCAUUCUCGUGGAGCUGGCCAAGCAGGCCUCGGGGCCCGUCUGCCUGCUGAUGGCCUACCUGCUGUCACUCAUCUCAGCUGCCAGCACCUGUCGGGUAUUCAAGCUGUGGCCACUGUCCUUCAUCUGCAGCAAGCUCUCCACGUGUGAGCAGCUCAGGCAUCGGCUGGAGCAGCUCACGUUCAUCUUCAGCACCCAGAAGGCCGAGAAUGCCUCCCAGCUGAUGAGGAAGGCCAACACGCUUGUCUCUGUGCUCCUUGACGUGGCCCUAGGCCUCACGCUGUUGUCCUGGCUCCAUGGGAAAGACCGCAUUGGGCAGCUGGCUGAUGCCCUUGUUCCCGUGGCUGAUUGGGUGGCCGAGGAGCUGCAGCACCUGCUGCAGUGGCUGAUGGGCGCACCUGCCGGGCUCAAGAUGAACCGGGCACUGGACCAGGUGCUGGGCCGCUUCUUCCUGUACCACAUCCACCUAUGGAUCAGCUACAUCCACCUCAUGUCCCCAUUCAUCGAGCGAAUCCUGUGGCACAUGGGCCUCUCAGCCUGCCUGGGCCUGACAGUUGCCCUGUAUCUGUCGGACAUCAUCGCCCUCCUCACCUUCCACAUCUACUGCUUCUAUGUCUAUGGUGCCAGGCUGUACUGCCUGAAGAUCUGUGGCCUUUCCUCACUCUGGCGCCUGUUCCGAGGGAAGAAGUGGAAUGUUCUGCGCCAGCGGGUGGACUCCUGCUCCUAUGACCUGGACCAGCUGUUCAUUGGGACUUUGCUGUUCACCAUCCUGGUCUUCCUGCUGCCCACCACGGCCCUGUACUACCUGGUGUUCACCCUGCUCCGGCUCCUGGUGGUCACUGUGCAGGGUCUGAUUCAUCUGCUCGUGGACCUUAUCAACUCCCUGCCGCUGUAUGCGCUCGGCCUGCGGCUCUGCCGGCCCUACAGACUCUCAGCUGGCGUGAAGUUUCAAGUCCUGGAGCAUGAGGCUGGCAGGCCCCUCCGCCUCCUGAUGCAGAUCAACCCCCUGCCCUACAAUCGUGUGGUACACACCUACCGCCUCCCCAGCUGUGGCUGCCACCCCAAACACUCCUGGGGUUCCUUGUGCCGCAAGCUGUUCUUCGGGGAGCUCAUCUACCCCUGGAGGCAGAGAGGGGACAAGCAGGACUGAGGUACCCGGCCACCAGCCUGCCCAGCACCGUUGCGCGACAUGGUCAGCCCUCAACCCUGCCAGGGUGGUGUUGACUGUCAGGUAGCAUGUGGGCCUGCAUUCUACCUUCCCUGCCCCCUGUUCAUCUGGGACCACUGCAGGCCCCACUGGGCCUUGCCUGUCAUAUCCUUCCAACUAUGAGGUUGAAUUUGAGGUCAUAGGGGUGGCCAGCCUGGUCAGCUGGCCUGUACUCCAUAAUGAGCUCUGUUUGCCUCAGGACGCACUUCCAAUCUGUUGUGAUGGCACUGUUAGCCCAAUGCCCCUCGCCCCCCAGGUCUACCCAGGAGCCCCACCCCCCUGACUCUCCUCAGACCCAGACCCUGUCCAGGAGGGAUUUGCAGAGUCCCACCUCUGCCCACCAUUUCCUUUCUCAGUGGGGUGAGCUGACAGGUCUGGCUGCUCUCUGGUGGUCCAGCUCUGGCAUGGGUGGAGGGACUCCCCCAGGUUGCACUCAACACUUCCUGAGACUCUGACCCCCCGCCC